UUUUCUAUUCACAGACAUGUUACUAUUCUCUCUGACGGAUCAAAAAUUAUGCUGUCCUAAACGCCAGAUAACAAACUCAAGCAUUGCAAAAACAGCUGCAACAACAAAACCAACAACUAGCUCACUCUUCGUAAGCUUAUAACAAGAAGUUUUCGUUUUCGUGCAAUUUUAAGAAAAUCAGCAGCAACAGCAACAACAACAGCAGCAGUAGUCGCAGCGACAACAACAAAAAAUCGCUAAACUUUCUUAAAAUCAUCGAAAAACAUAAAAAAAUAUAACAAGGAGACUAGCAGCCAUAAGAACAACUGCUAAAAGCCAUAAAAACAAAUUAAAAAGGCGCCAUUUCUCAGCUACAAAAAUCGUUUAAAGCACCAACACGCUUCUAAGAAAAUAACGAAUCCAAAAAUUAUAAAGAAUUUAAAUUUAUAAAUAAGCUUUUUCACACACACACCGGAAGAUUAUUAUUAAAUUGUAGUUGCUUUAAGUUUUUUUUUCAUUUUCGCAGUCAUCACUCCAGAGCUUAGUUCGUGCGGCAUUGCUCGAUUUUAGGCGUAGUUAGUUUAGCUGAAACUAAACUAGCUGCCAAGUGAAGAAGUACUGUAACCAAGAGAAAAGAAAAAAAAAAAUAGUUGAACUUUCAGCUUGAAAGCUAUCGCGAACGCCGCUUUGAAUUUCUUCUAAAUUUCAUAUUUUCGUAAUGAAAAUGGCAAACAUGAAAUUUAAGCGCAAAUAUGGCGGUUUAAAUAUUUGAAAAAUACUAAUUGUAUAUUUUUCGAAUAUUUUAUUUCGUAGCAUUUUAUAAGUUUAUAAAUAAUACUAAUACAAAUUCAGUCCCUUGUCUAACUAACUUGUCUGUGUCUGUCUGUUUGUAUCCUCCCUCCGUGUAAAUCGCGCCUCCCUAAAAUUAGUAAUAUAACAUACAACAUACAUACUCAUGCUAUACACACGUACUUAUACAUUCGAAAUAAAUAUUUAAUUACCGUUAAGUGUUACAGCAUUACUAAGUGAUUUUCAUAAAUUUAUACAUAAAAAGAAUUUGUAAUUCAACAGCAAGAAAUUUAAUUUUUUGCAGCAUUUAAUUCUAGCAGACACUUAAAGGCAUUAGCAAUUUUUUUUUAGAAAUUUUGUAUAUUUCCAAUUUUUUCCCACACUAGUAGAAGCAUACUCUUGCGUAGGUUUCUUUAAAAUUGUAAGCAUAAACAAGUAGUUUCUUUUCCAAAUUUGGUUUUUUUUUAUUAAUUUUAAUAUUGAUGAUUAAAAAAUAUUUAAAUUAAUCACUCAACAAAAAACUAUAACUCAAAAGUAAAUCAAUUGCAUAAAACGUACUUAAAAAAACUUGCAACAUGGAUGCAUUAUCGCCCGAUUUGCUAUGGAUGGUCAUACUCGGCUUUCUGAUUGCAUUCGUAUUGGCUUUUGGUAUUGGCGCAAAUGAUGUGGCAAACUCUUUUGGCACGAGUGUUGGUUCGGGUGUGUUGACCAUACGGCAGGCCUGUGUUUUGGCGACAAUAUGUGAAAUUUCGGGUGCAGUUUUGAUUGGCUACAAAGUCUCGGACACCAUGCGCAAAGGCAUUCUAGAGGUUGGCCUUUACGAAGGCUCCGAGGAUGAACUUAUGUUGGGCUGUGUCGCUGCUCUGGCUAGUAGCGCCAUCUGGUUGUUGGUUGCCACAUUCCUCAAGUUACCCAUUUCGGGUACACACAGCAUCGUUGGUUCGACCAUUGGUUUUUCGUUGGUUGCGCGUGGUACACAAGGUCUGAAAUGGUCUACAUUGGGCACGAUUGUGGGUUCGUGGUUUAUCUCGCCAGUUAUGAGCGGUUUGGUGAGCAUCUUGCUUUUCUUGGCUAUUCGAAAAUUUAUUUUGCGCGCGAGCGAUCCGCUGAAAGCGGGAUUUCGGUCACUACCAAUUUUCUACGGUGUAACAUUCUUCAUUAACGUCAUUAGUGUGGUGUUGGAUGGACCGAAGUUGCUUUAUAUGGAUAACAUACCCACCUGGAUUGCUAUUUGUUCGAGCAUUGCACUCGGCUUAAUAGUUGCACUUCUCACCCAACUUAUUGUUGUACCAAUACAAAAACGUAAAAUCGCAAAACAGUUACGUGCUCAAAGUCCCGUUAAAUUCAAUUUCGAGGACUCAGUUGAAUCCUCACCGUCCGGUAGCCCUAAGAAAAACCGCCGCCCAUUAUCACUCGUUAGCGAUGGAAAACAAUUGCCUGCAAUUGCCGAAAUCACCGAACUCGUCUCAUUGACCGACAAUUCACCGAAGACCUUCAAAUUGGCACCAUAUGGACUAAAUAAAAAUGGGCAUGUUACCACCCCAAAUAACGGUUAUACUGGCGAUGGUUAUAAGAUUAAUCCGGAAAUUAUAAAGAAAGCUGAGGAUUUGCUGGGCAAAGCCAGUUUGGAUAAUACGGAUUUGACUAUAACGAGCUUAAAUUUCAUUGAUGAGCAAUAUCAGAAUGGUAAUGGUAUAGGUGCAUUUCAGUACGGCAAUAAAAACAACAAUACGACUGCAUUGUUAUCGAAUGGUCGUGACAAAGGUAGUCAGCUGCAGGAUUACUUUGAGAAGGGCGUAAAGUCGCCAUUAUUGGAUGCGAAGAGCAUUGAGCAUUCCCACGAGCUUCCACAACAAUUCCAACAGCUCGAUAGCACGCAGUCGCCAAAGAGUGCUGCAAAUAAUAAUAUUACACUAAUUGCCAUGGACACAACAACAAAUACCACCAAGCCCGCAAUCAUUCCCGAGCCUACACCCUCUUCCAACGCAAUACCCGCUGCCGGAGACGCAAACAAAUCAAUUACUGACGUUGUAGUCACAAAAGCCACAACAACAACUGCGGAGUCAACGGCAGCAUCCACAACUGCCAAGAAGGAUUUGAAAGUGGUUGAGAGUGGCAGCAGCUUGGAAAUGAUGAUUUCCUCUAUAUUGUCGCCGAAUUCGAGUAAGGUUCCGUUGAUUGAGAGCAAGGAGCUAAUACACGAUUUUAAGCAGUCAGAUGGUGCACCAACGCACAAUGACGAGGAAUCGGAGGAGGUGUCGAUGCUGUUUUCAUUUUUACAAAUUCUAACAGCAACAUUUGGCAGCUUCGCGCAUGGCGGUAAUGAUGUAAGCAACGCUAUUGGACCUCUCAUUGCUUUGUAUAUGAUUUACAGAGAAGGUUCUGUGAUGCAGAAGGCCGAAAGUCCUAUUUAUAUUUUGAUCUACGGAGGUAUUGGCAUCUCAGUGGGUCUAUGGCUGUGGGGACGACGGGUCAUCGAGACAAUCGGCAAUGAUUUGACAAAGAUCACCUCAUCAACCGGCUUCACCAUCGAAGUUGGCGCCGCCAUCACAGUACUUCUGGCCAGUAAAAUUGGGUUACCCAUUUCGACGACACAUUGCAAAGUGGGAUCGGUGGUGUUUGUGGGACACGUAAGUGGCAAAGGGCAUAAGCCAGCUGCUAAUGAUGCGACUGCAAAGUCAGGGCUCUCCAAAGAAGCUUCAAUGGAAGGUGGUGUCGUAACAUCAUCAACUGCUACAACACCAACAACAAAUGUGAAUGAAAUUUGCAGUAAAAUGGGGGCGACGGUGUCAUCCUCGACCAGCGCGAAUGCUAUAGCCAAUGGCAGCGGUGGAGUGGAAGUGAUCGCCGGUGGUGAUGGAGGUGUUACUGGGGUAGUUGGCAAUGCUGCGAACGCUGCUGUUGGUGCUGUCGAUUGGCAUUUGUUUCGAAAUAUUGCCUAUGCUUGGAUUGUCACCGUGCCGGUAACGGCGCUGCUCUCAGCUGGUAUUAUGUUUUUGAUGUGCAGCCUAGUUUUGGCCAAAUAGAAGCGGAGCGUAGCAGUUGGUGGAAAAAUGAAGCGAUUUAUUGCAAAGUAAAAAAAUUACAAAAAAAAAGUGAAUUAAAGGAAGAGAAGCGAAAGCAGUUACAAUUAUUAAGUAUUCAACAAACUUACUAACGUAAGCGUAUUUACAUACAUAUGUACACUUUAAACGAUAUUGUACUUAUUAUGGUAAAGUAAUUUAUUGUUAUGAUUAAAGAAAAAGAAACGAUUACAAAAAAAUCAAAAAUUAUGUGAAAAUUUAUUCAAAAAUUGGCAGCGAAUGUUGGAAAGAUUUUGUAAACAAGUUUGAGUAAAGGAAUAUAGAUACGUUUUGAAUGUUUGUAUUUUUGCAUAAUGCGUAUUGAGUUGUAAGCGCCAGAGUCGGACUGCCAGCCAGUGUUAAUACAUUAAUUCCAUACAAAAAAAAAAAAAAAACUUAAAAUAUUAGUAAUAACAAGAAGAAAAUGUGAACACUGAAACAUUGAUAUUAAAUUCAAUUCGACAUUUAAUUAAACUAAAAAGUAACGAAUGGAAAAGAAGGCUAAAAGACAACAAAUUAUGGCAUGACAUCAAUAUUUUAUGCGUUGAAUGUUUUGAGCUGAUUGCCAUUUGAACGUGCGGGUUUGAUAAAAAAAAUGUUUUUAAGUGUGUUAUCAGAAUUAAAAAAUAUU